AUGCAAAGCUCACUACUUCCAAUGGUCACCCAAAAAGGCCGGUUUUUCUCAUUUUCCAAAUCUUGUAUCUUUUGUUUCCGGUAAUUUCACUAAAACAGACUGAUUGAGGCGAAAAAAUCUGCUACCAAAUUUUUUUCAAUAAAAACUCUAUGAAAGGUCAUUUUCUUUUUUAUAGUUCCAGAUUUUUUAGUGUUCUACUUUUUGUGACAAACAGGUUGAAUUUUUUUCCGAGCUAUUGGUGAAAAAAAUGAUGUGGAUUUAUAAAAAGCGCUCAAGUUCAGAAUGUAUCAUUUUAAAGCAAAAUAAUAUCUCGUCGAAAUUUUCAUUUAUCCAAUAAUAUUGAUUUUGAAAAGGUUUCUCUCUUUGUACGCUUACCAAUAGAAAACGAUCACUUUCAGCUAAUUAUUUUCUCAUUAAAAAUUGAAAUAUAAAGCCCUCAAUAUUCUAAAAAUUUUUUUAGUUCCAGAAAAACAUACCAUUAAAUUUUUCAAGAAAGUUAUCGUCUCUUGUUAAAUCGGUUCCGAAAUCAGAUAUUGUGAGUCAAAAAUUAAGUAUUUGUCGUCAUUUAUUUCCAGCUGUGAAAGGGAAUUUUACAACCAGUGAGUAUGAAACAGUUUUAUUUAUUGACACACAGGAUCAAGCAAAUAUUUUAUAUUUCUCGCCGUUCAAAAAAAAUUUCUUAUUCGAAUCCUGGCCAAAAGUUUUAUUCUCGAAGCGUUGGCUAAGAAAAAUCUUUUUGUCAAAGUAAAGAGCUAAAAAUAACCAUCCCGCAUUGAACGUUGACUCAUAAUGAUCGUUUUGCUCCUCUUUCCGAUAUGCAAAAACCGUUUUUUCUACGAGAUCGCGAGGAUGUCGCUUUGUUUUUGUUCUCUUUGGCGCCACCCACUCGCCGGAAAAAAAAUUAUUCAUCUUUUGGCUGUCGAAAGUCAUAAGACUAUCAGUCAUAAUAUUAUCCAAGCUUCAUUAUUCGCUCUGUCCAACUGUCAACUUGAAUAAUGUCUUGUCGAGGUUGUACCAAGAUUUCCUUCUGGUUUGUAACUUUUUGUUCAUGUUUUGCCUUUUUUGCUUGUUUUAUUUCAAGUAAAUCAUUGAUUUCUAGCUCUUGCCCUCAGCAUCGGUUCUUCGGAGCGGCUCUUCACGCGGUCAGAAAAGGCGUUAUCAAGCGAGCAACUCUCCAGAAGAAGGCUCAGAAAUCAUCGCGUUAUAGUCCUUGGUUGAUCCGGUCAACAUCAACUACACAGCAGCUCGGAAAAAAGUCAGAAUUCGAGAAACCUCGGAAGACAGGUUUUAUCAUUCUACAGUCCAUAGACCAGCAUCAUUUUCAAGAAAAGUCUCGAAAAAGAACUGAGAAGGAAGUUGCGAAGCGAUCGUCUACUGAAGGACGCGGAAAACCGUCGAUCCUCAAAGAUUAUCACAAGCCAUUAUUUUCUGGAGAAUCUGAGCAGCAGCCGACCUUUGAAUCCGGCAAGAAGCCAACUUCGCAGGAAGAACGAUCUACUGCAGGGUUUAACGAGGAAAAGAAGCUCCUCGGUGCGGCGCGAAGGAAGAAUUUCUCCCCGGUACGCAGCUCUCAUUCUUUUCCCUGCGGAUAUAAUUUCUAAGUACUCCAAUUCAUCAAUUAUGCAAUUUAUUUAGAAAAAAUAUCUUCCGACCUCUGAGCGGAACGAGCCGGCAAACGGAAAAACCACUACCGGAUCUACCGAAAAGAAGGAACCUAUUGGUGCGGCCCGUAGGAAGAACUUCUAUCCGGUAGGCAGUUUAAUUUCAUUAUUCCGUUUAAAAAUAGGCAGGAUAAUCUGCUUUAACGAAAAAUUUCAUUCGAUUGCGAAACGAGAUAGCGGGUAGUUUAUACCAUUCUCACAUGACUCAGCUUGGCGCCGGCAAUAAUCUCAAUCGGCACAUUCGUUAUUCAAAACACUCGAAAAGUUUUUUUUCCAUCAUUCUUUUUGUAAAAUAAUGAAUCAGUUUGGAGGGACUAGAAACAAUAACGAAGUGAAGAUUUUUGGAAAGUUGAUAGAAAGAGAAAAGGUUUUUUCCAAUUUUUGAAUUUUAUUUUUGAAAGUUCUGCAAAGGCUCUCUCUCUAGAUUACUAAGGGAAGAUCUUCUAAUUUUUUCCUCAGCGAGUUUGUGUGAAGAACUACAAAGAGUCUUUUCCCUAAAACUACAACUUUGAGGAGUGUUGUGCAUGAGAAGCCGCCAAAGCUUUUCGAAAGUUAGAUACGUCAAUAAAAUACCUCCUUGAUGACUUUGAUUUAAAAAUUCUUAAUCGUCUUAUCCCAAGUUUCAUGUAGAAAAAGUCGCAUCCAACUCCAAUUGACGGGAGCGAGCCGGCAAACGAAGAGACCACCACAGCUUCCACCGAAAAGCCCAUUGGUGCGGCCCGAAGGAAGAACUUCUGCCCGGUACGCAAUUUGGAUUCGUUCUUCCCCUAG